AUGGCCAUACUAGGUGCCACGUGUAGGGACAAAAUUCAAGCGGAAAAUUCAAGCGGGACUGUGAUCCAACGGCUCUUCCGAAUCAGCAAAACUGUCGAUUACCCUAGCUUCAAGCUUGUUAUCGUCGGCGAUGGUGGAACUGGCAAGACCACGUUUGUGAAACGCCAUCUCACUGGAGAGUUUGAGAAGAAAUACGAACCAACUAUUGGUGUUGAAGUUCAUCCGUUGGACUUCUUCACAAACUGUGGGAAGAUCAGGUUCUACUGUUGGGACACCGCUGGUCAGGAGAAGUUUGGUGGACUCAGAGAUGGUUAUUAUAUUCAUGGGCAGUGUGCAAUCAUCAUGUUUGAUGUUACUGCUCGUUUGACAUACAAAAAUGUCCCCACAUGGCACCGUGAUCUCUGCAGGGUGUGUGAGAACAUUCCCAUUGUUCUGUGCGGAAACAAGGUGGAUGUGAAAAAUAGGCAGGUAAAAGCAAAGCAGGUUACCUUUCACAGGAAGAAAAAUCUCCAGUACUACGAGAUUUCUGCAAAGAGCAACUACAACUUUGAGAAACCUUUCUUGUAUCUUGCCAGAAAGCUUGCAGGAGAGACUGAGCUGCGUUUUGUUGAAUCACCUGCUCUUGCUCCUCCAGAAGUUCAGAUUGACAUGGCUGUCCAAGCAAAGCAUGAACAAGAAUUGGCACAGGCAGCUGCACAACCACUUCCAGAUGACGAUGAUGAUCUGUUUGAGUAG